AUGAAGUUCGGCUACCGCCUCUCGAACGUUUGUGGCACAGCAUACAAGCGCGGCAACAUCAUCUUCUCCAAAGACGGUAACACGGCCAUCAGUCCCAUUGGCAACCGCUUUACCAUCUAUGACCUUGUGCACAACAAGGCCAUCACGCCCGAUGUGCAGACCCGCAAGGAUAUCGCCUCGUUGGCUCUCUCCCCGAAUGGCGCCACGCUGAUUGCGGUCGAUGUGGACGGCCACGCCAUCCUGGUGGACCUGUCGCGUCGUGUCACCCUCCACCACUUCAACUUCAAGGAGCCAGUCAAUCACAUCUCCUUCUCGCCGGAUGGUCGCUUCUUUGCUGUCACCCACGGUAAGCUGAUCCAAGUCUGGCGGGCGCCGGGUUUGCACCGAGAGUUUGCGCCGUUUGUCCUCUUCCGCACGUAUGGCGGCCAUCUGGAUGAGAUCAACCACAUUGAGUGGAGCCGUGACAGCCGGUUCUUCCUGUCCAGCAGCCGUGACCUGACGGCCCGGCUGUUCUCCCUGAACCCGGAGAAGGGGUUCGUGCCGUUCACCUUCACCGGGCACAAGGACUCCGUGGUUCGGGCCUUCUUUUCGGCCGACCAUCAAACCAUCUACACCCUUUCCCGGGAUGGAGCCAUCUUCAGCUGGGGCAAGGAGCAGCUCACCAAGCGCGAGGCGGAGAAGCACAUGCAGAAUUACCUGCGCACCAAGCAGCGCAAGGCGCCGCUCAUCUUCGGCGACCAGGACACCUCGACUGACGCCUCGGGGGCCAAUGUCUUCAAGCCGCGUGAGAUGCCCGGCUUCGAGCCCGGGCAGAGCAUCUUCACCCUGCGCUCGGAUGAGGAGGGCUCUUCCUCGGACUCGGAUUCCGACUUCGAGGGGGAGCAGCCGCUGCAGGCCGGGCUCCGCAAGGGGGCCGGUCGCGCUGCCCCCGGCACCGGUGCCGCGCGGGUGGACUUCCGUGGGGCCACCUGGCGCCUGAAGGCCCGGCACUUCUUCAACCUGCCGGACGCCAGUGCACGCGUGACGUCGGGCGACUUCCACCGCGCCUCCGGGGUCCUGGUGGUGGGCUUCUCGCACGGUGUCUUUGCCCUGUAUGAGAUGCCGGACUUCACGUCGAUCCACACGCUGUCGCUCAGCAGUCAGCAUGGCAUCACCACGGCGGCCUUCAAUCCCGACGGCCAGUGGAUUGCUUUGGGCCUGCGUGGGGCCGGGCAGCUGGUCGUCUGGGAGUGGACCUCCGAGUCGUAUAUCCUCCGGCAGUCGAGCCAUUCGAAUGGCGCGGUGCCCCAGUGCGUGGCCUACACGGCGGACGGGGCGCAUGUGGCCACCGGUGGCUCGGAUCACACGGUCCGUCUGUGGAGCACGCGCGACGGCAGUUCCGAGGUCACUUGGAAUGAGCACACGGCCGCGGUGACGGACUUGGCCUUCUCGCGCGGGGGCCAUGUCCUGUUUUCGGCCUCGCUGGAUGGCACGGUCCGGGCGUAUGACCUGCUGCGGUACCGGAACUUCCGGACCUUUGCCGCGCCGGAGCCGGUGCAGUUUGACUGUGUGUCGGUCGAUCCGUCCGGCGAGCUGGUGUGUGCCGGCACUCGAGACACCUACUCGCUGUAUGUGUGGAAUGUGCAGACCGGGCGCUUGCUGGACGUCCUGUCCGGGCAUGAGGGGCCCAUUUCCUGUGUGGCCUUCUCGCCGGUGGAUGGAAAUGUCGUGGCCACCGGGUCCUGGGACCAGCAGGUCCGCUUUUGGGAUGUAUUCAGCGGCCGUCGCAUUGGCGACCCGCUGGCCCUGGGGUCGGAUGUCCUGGCGCUGGCCUAUCGGCCGGAUGGCGAGGAGUUGAGUGUCUCCACGCUGGAUGGGCAAAUCCAUGUGUGGUGCACGCGCGAGAUGACGCAAGUGGGCACCGUGGAUGGUCGGCGGGACAUUGCCGGCGGCCGAGGCGCCGCUGACAAGGUGACCGCGGCCAACAAUGCUGCCAGUCGGCACUUCACGUCUUUGGCCUACUCGGCGGAUGGUCGUUCGGUGCUGGCGUGUGGCGUGUCGCGCUUCAUUUGCAUCUACGACAUCCAGUCGCGGCAGUUGCUGACGAAAUUCCAGCUGACGCGGAACCGCUCGCUGGAGGGGGUGCUUGACAAGCUGAACUCCAGUCGCAUGGCGGCCGGCGUGUCGCUGGAUCUGAUCGAUGAUGUGUCGGACUCCGAAGAUGAGGAAGCCGCGCGUCUGGUUGGAUCCCACCUGCCGGGUGUGCAGUCGGGUGACCUGUCCCGGCGUCGGACUCGGCCGGCCAUCCGGGCGUAUGCCGUGCGCUUUGCUCCGACCGGUCGGGCCUUUGCCUGUGCCACGUCCGAGGGGCUGCUGCUGUAUUCGCUGGAUUUGGAUGGCGAUGGCGCGGUGUACGACCCGACCGACUUGUCGGUGGAGCUGACCCCGGAAGCGGUGCGCGAGGCUCUGGCCGGGCGGGAGUACCUGCCGGCCAUCAUCAUGGCCAUGCGCCUCGGCGAGGAGUCUCUCCUGCAGGAGGUGUAUGAGGGGAUUCCCUUGGCAUUGGCUCCGCUGCUAUCGCGUCAGGUCCCGACGGUGUACCUGGCCCGGUACUUGGCCUUCAUCGCCAAGCAGAUUGAGAUUACCCCGCACAUUGAGUUCCACCUGGGCUGGGUUCGGGGCCUGCUCCGGAGCCAUGCGUACAUCAUGCGCCAGUCGGCCGCCUAUUAUGGGCCCUGCCUGCGGUCGGUGCACCGGGCCAUGACGGCCCGCGUGGCGGACAUCGGUCGCGUGGCCGAUGACAACCAGUUCCUCUUCGACUAUCUGGCCGAUAUGACGAGUGUCGUGCUGAACGAGGCGGCCGGCACUGAUGGCGAGUCGGACGGCGAGUCGGACGGCGAGUCGUCCUCCGCCGCCGAGCUGGAGGACAACUUGGCCGAUACUGCCAGCGACGCUGAGAUCGAGGACCAAGAGUAGAAAUGCGGCCGUGACAUCGACAUACCGCUGCCGUGACUUCUCCCAUCCUCUCCCUGGUAUCUGUCUCUCUCUCUCUCUCUC